AGCUGAGUCAUCAGUUUCUUUGAGGUGGGUGACUCAUCGGAAGUCGGGUGUGAUAGUGGAUCAGGGCUGAGCACUAUAUGAAGUGUCUCAUCGAGUCCCAGCUACAGACCCAGACGCACGCAGGAGAGAUGAGGUCUCUCCAGAGCCUGAUGUUCCUGCUCUUCAUCUCCGCCGCCCUGGUAACUGGACUGGAGGGGAAGAGCUGCCACACUCCUGGGCCGCCCAAGGACAAGAUGGUAUCGAUGUUCUGUGAUUUCAUGCAGACCUAUAAUAAAUCCUACAAGGACCAGGAAGAAGAGGCCCGACGUUUUAAGAACUUCGUGGAGAACCUGGAGCGGGCGAGGCAGCGACAGGAAAUGGAGACCGGCAGCGCCAGAUACGGGGUCACCAAGUUCAGCGACCUCUCAGCUGAGGAAUUCCAGCAGGGAAUCCGGGCGCCGUUCGAUACAUCAGAAUGCAAAAUACACACCGUCCACAAAGGCACAAAUGACAUCCCAGAGUUCAUGGACUGGCGGAAGGAGGGUCGUGUCACAGUAGUUCAAGACCAGGGGUUGACCUGCUGCAGCUGCUGGGCCUUCGCCGUUGUCGGGAACGUUGAAUCCCAUUUGUCCAUCAAGAAGAAAGAACUCAUCCCGCUUUCAGUGCAACGUAAGGACAAAGGCCGCGGGGAACGCACUCCGGGUGGGAAGGAAGUCGGCCGGUUUCACCUGGCACCAAACGGUUUAACGAAGCAAAGUUCAUUCAAAUGA